AUGGCAUCCCACACCGCACACUGCGAGUUCACCAUCAAGGCGCCCGAGUUCGCCUACGCCCAUCUAGAGCAGCACAUCGACGACAGCGGCCAGCCCGUCGCGCUCGACGAGCUCCUCGCGCGGUCGUACUGCGCCAGCGCUCUGCAGCAGUACCUAGGUGACACGGGCGCCGGAAUCCCGCUCGACAUCCUCAAAGUCGAGGGAAGGCAGUGCUGGGUGCGCAUGCCGCGCGACGACCUCCGCGCGUUCGCGGCGGCUCUGACGGCGUACCGCGGGAGUGUGGCCGAGGGCGACGGCACGCCGUUUUUGUUGCGCAUUAAACAGUGCUCCGACUGGCUGGGCACCUUGCUCGGCAGCGACGCGCUCGACAACCUUUGGCAGGGCUGA